GGCCUCCUCUCUCCACUCUCCUAAUGGCGACAGCGGCGGCGGCUGCAGCGGCGGCGGCGGCGGGGCUGAGCCGAACGGAACGCGGCGGCACCACCGACGGAAUGUUGGCGGCGGCUGCAUAAUCCGGAGCCCCCUCCCCGCUUCGGAACGCGGCUCGCCCGGCCGUUCCGCCAUGGAACCUGCGCAGCAGCUUGGAAGCAGCCGAGAGACGCCGCCGCCGAUGGUCGGCAAGGGGGAGCGGCCGAGCCACUCGGGCCAAGCGGGAACCGAGAGCGGCGGCGGCGGCGGCACCGGCCCGUUGGAAGGAGGCGAAGGCACCAGGACGGGGCUGGUCGGCGGCGGUCACCAGCAUCAGCAGCACCGGCGGAGGCGGCGAGGGGCCGCGGGGGCUUCCCCGGCGCUGGCGGCCAACGGGGCUCCUCCAGCGGUCCCCGGCAGCGGCGCCAACUCCCUCCUGUUGCGGCGAGGCCGGCUGAAGAGGAACCUCUCGGCGGCGGCGGCGGCGGCUUCUUCGUCUCCUUCCCCCGCCGCCGCCGCGCUGGGGACGCGCAGCCUGGAUCGGAAGACGCUGCUCCUGCUGCCGAAGCCUCCCCGGCAGCUCCAGCCCUUGCAAGCCCCCGAGCGGGACUGGGUGCGGCGGGACCUCCAGCGGGGAUGCCUCCACGUCUAUUACUCCUACCACCACCAUCAUCCCCACCAGCAGCAGCAACAGCAGCAGCGGGGAGGCGGCGGCGGAGGAGGAGGCUGCUCCCUGCUGCUGCCCGUGCUUUGCAACCUGGAGACCACGGCCGCCCAAGUGGCGCUCCGCCUGCUGCAGCUCGGGCACCGGGGAGGCGGCAGCAGCAGCAGCGCCGUCCGGGUUUGGGGCAAGGCGGCUGCAGGAGCAGCAGCCGAGGCUCCGCUGAGCCCGAAAGAAGAAGAAGAGGAGGCGUCGGCGGCGUCGGGGGGUGAUUUGCUCCUGCAACCGGCUUCUCUGGGCGGGAAGGAAGAGACCCCGGCGGGGAGUUUGACCCCGAUCCCAAUGGGGAGAAGGCCCCGGAGCCGUCGAGGGGCCGCCAACGGAGCCGGAGAGGAGGAGGAGGAAGGGGCGGCUGUCCGGCCCAGGCGCCUGGCUCUCAGCGGAGGAGGGGAGAGCGGGCAGGCCAGCCUCUCCCCUUCCGACGGCAGCCCCGGACGGGCCUUCCCGCCGCCUCCUCCUCCUCCCCGCGCGGAGCUCUACCUGUCCGGCCCGCCGCUCUCCUGCCCGUCCCUGCUGGGCGGCUCGGAUACGGAGAGCUUCAGCCCCAGCGCCGAGAGCGCCUCCGACCGCCUGGAUCCGUACAGCGGCGGCGGCGGCUCCUCUUCUUCUUCCUCGUCGUCGUCUUCUUCCGAGGACUCGGAGGCGGAUCUGGCGGCCAAGGACGACGGGGCGGCAGCGGCGCCUGGAAGGAACCAGCCCCGACGGUUGCUCGCCGGGAGAGCUUCGGGGGACUCCCCGGGCAAAGGGAAAGCUUCGCGGGGAAGCGCCUCCGCCGCUGCUGCUGCUGGGGAAGCCGCCUGCCAGCAGCAGCCGCCGGCCUUGUACGUCCAGCUCCACGGGGAGACGGCCCGACGGCUGGAGCCGCACGAGAAGCCGCUGCAGCUCCAGAACGACUACCUCUCGCAGCUGGGCUUCCGGGACCUGUGGCGGGUGCAGGAGGAGGGCAUGGACGCCGAGACCGGCUGCCUGAUCCGCUUCUACGCAGGAAAGCCCAACACUACUGGCAACUCUGAACGGAUUCAGCUCUCAGGAAUGUACAAUGUUAGAAAAGGGAAAAUGCAUUUGCCGGUCAACCGAUGGACAAGACGCCAAGUUAUCCUUUGCGGGACGUGCCUAAUAGUAUCGUCGGUGAAAGAAAGCCAGACUGGAAAAAUGCAUGUGCUCCCCUUAAUUGGUGGAAAGGUAGAAGAAGUUAAAAAGCACCAGCACUGUUUAGCAUUUAGCUCAUCUGGACCUCAAAGCCAGAGUUACUAUAUCUGCUUUGACACUUUCACUGAAUAUUUGCGAUGGCUUCGGCAAGCUUCAAAGAUUGCUUCCCAGCGAAUAAGCUCCGUGGAUCUCUCAUGUUGCAGCCUGGAGGAUAUGCCUGCCAAUCUUUUCUACAGCCAGGAUCUCACUCAUCUCAAUCUGAAGCAAAAUUUCCUAAGGCUGAACCCUAGCUCAUCAAUGGCCAGAGGACUCGACGACUUACAAAGAUUCACUAAACUGAGAAGCUUAAACCUUUCCAACAAUCACUUAGGAGAUUUCCCUUUGGCGGUGUGCAGCAUUCCAACCUUAACUGAGCUCAAUGUGUCCUGCAAUGCACUCAGAAGUAUACCAGCAGCUGUUGGAGAUAUGAGCAACUUACAGACCUUCUUGUUGGACGGGAACUUCCUCCAAAGCAUUCCUGCUGAGUUGGAAAGGAUGCAUCAGCUUAGUUAUUUAGGACUCUCUUUCAAUGAAUUCAGUGACAUUCCUGAAGUCCUGGAGAAACUGACUGCCAUGGACAAACUCUGCAUGUCUGGGAAUUGUAUGGCGACACUACAUUUGCCAAUACUAAGGAAAAUGCCACACAUAAAACACAUAGAUCUAAGGUUAAAUGUGAUUAGAAGAUUGAUGGGAGAUGAGAGCGACUUCCUACAUCAUGUGACCCAGCUUGAUCUUCGGGAUAAUAAGCUAGGAGAGUUAGAUGCAACCAUCUUCAAUAACAUUGAAAUACUGCACUGUGAAAGGAACCAGCUGGUAGCCCUCAAAAUCAGUGGAUACUUACUUAAAGCUCUUUAUGCCACUUCAAAUGAACUCGUUCACCUCGAUGUGUAUCCAGUUCCAAAUUAUCUCACCUAUUUGGAUGUUUCCCGAAAUCACUUGGAGAGCCUUCCAGAAUGGGUUUGUGAUAGCCGGAAAUUAGAAGUGCUGGAUCUGGGCCACAAUCACAUACGUGAACUUCCCCCUAGGUUAUUUUGCAAUAUCAGCUUGCGAAAACUUCUUGCCGGGCACAAUCAGUUGGCAAGGCUGCCAGAGAGGAUUGAACGAACGCAUGUGGAAGUCCUAGAUGUGCAACACAACCAACUUGUGGAGCUUCCAUCUAAUCUGCUGCUAAAAGCUGACAGCUUAAGGUACUUGAAUGCUUCUGCCAACAAACUGGAAAUGUUACCUCCAGCCACGCUUUCAGAGGAGACCCAUAGUAUUUUACAAGAACUCUAUUUGACCAACAAUCACCUCACAGAUAAAUGUGUCCCCUUGUUAACCGGACAUCCUCACCUGAAGAUACUACAUAUGGCUUACAAUCGCUUGCAAAGCUUUCCUGCAAGUAAAAUGGCCAAACUUGAAGAGUUGGAAGAAAUCGACCUUAGUGGCAAUAAGCUGAAAUCCAUUCCAACAACGAUCAUGAAUUGUCGCCGCAUGCAUACUGUAAUUGCACACUCCAACUGCAUCGAAGUGUUUCCAGAAGUUAUGCAACUUGGCGAGAUCAAGUGUGUGGACCUGAGCUGCAACGAGCUGACUGAAGUCACGCUGCCUGAAACUUUGCCUCCGAAGCUGCAGGAACUAGACCUAACUGGAAACCCCAGGCUAGUCCUGGAUCACAAAACCUUGGAGCUGCUGAAUAAUAUUCGUUGCUUCAAGAUUGACCAGCCUUCUGCUGGAGAUUCCUCCGGAGCCCCAGCAGUGUGGAGCCAUGGUUACACCGAAGCAUCCGGAGUUAAGAACAAACUGUGUGUGGCAGCUCUUUCCGCCAAUAACUUCUGUGAGAACCGGGAGGCCCUCUACGGAGUCUUCGAUGGAGACCGCAAUGUGGAAAUACCCUACCUUCUACAAUGUACCAUGAGUGAUAUCUUGGCAGAAGAGCUGCAGAAAACCAAGAAUGAAGAGGAAUACAUGCUCAACACUUUCAUUGUAAUGCAGAGGAAGCUUGGGACCGCUGGGCAGAAGCUCGGAGGCUCCGCUGUCCUUUGCCACAUCAAACACGACCCGUUAGAUCCAGGCGGAUGCUUCACAUUAACCUCAGCAAAUGUGGGAAAGUGCCAAUCCGUUCUCUGCAGGAACGGGAAGCCUCUGCCUUUGUCCAGGUCUUAUAUGAUGAGCUGUGAGGAAGAGCUAAGGAGGAUCAAGCAGCACAAGGCCAUUAUUACAGAAGAUGGCAAAGUGAAUGGUGUAACAGACUCAACAAGGAUUUUGGGAUAUACCUUUCUCCACCCAAGCGUUGUUCCACGCCCCCACGUGCAGUCCAUUACUUUGACUCCUCAGGAUGAAUUCUUCAUUCUGGGCAGCAAAGGCCUGUGGGACAGCCUCUCCAUCGACGAAGCUGUGGAGGCUGUCAGGAACGUGCCCGACGCCCUUGGAGCUGCCAAAAAACUUUGCACGCUGGCUCAGAGCUACGGCUGCAAUGAUAGCCUCAGUGCCGUGGUGGUUCAGCUCAACGUAACUGAGGAUAGCUUCUGCUGCUGCGAGUUAAACGGGGUCCCCCCUCCCAGCCCCGGCAGCUUCCCCCAGUCUGUCAACGUAGUCAUCAAAGAUAAGCCUUCCGAUGCUUUGGGAAUGCCUUCGUCGAGCAGCGGCAUGGCCUCUGAGAUCAGCAGUGAGAUCUCCACCUCCGAAAUGAGCAGCGAGGUUGGAUCCACGGCCUCCGACGAGCCCCCUCAGGUAACCAUGAACGAAAACAGCCCCGCGUACCCUAAUGAACAGCGCUGUAUGCUCCAUCCAGUUUGCCUCUCCAACUCCUUCCAAAGGCAGCUGUCCAGCGCGACGUUUUCCAGCGCCUUUUCAGACAAUGGCCUUGACAGCGACGACGAGGAGCCAAUCGAAGGGGUCUUUUCUAAUGGGAGCAGAGUCGAAGUGGAAGUGGACAUCCACUGUGGCCGGGCAAAGGAGAACCAGAUGGUACUCCAGGCCCCGGUGGAAGUCACCGAUGAGGGCAUUGUCAUCAGUGCGAAUGAAGAAGACGCGUGCCCCCUUCGGAAGGCCGAUGCUUCGGCCACCGGCACGAUUGGGCGCCGCCGGGGCAAUGGCUCAGUGGCUCCUCCGGAGAGGAGCCACAACCUAAUCGAAGUAGCAGCCGAUGCGCCACUCAGGAAGACGGGGGGCUAUUUUGCCGCUCCAGCUCAGCCAGAUCCGGACGAUCAGUUCAUCAUCCCGCCAGAGCUUGAGGAGGAGGUGAAGGAGAUAAUGAAGCAACAUCAUGAGCAACAACAACAACAACAACAACAACAGCAGCAACAACAGCAGCAGCAGCAGCAGCAACAACAACAACAACAACAGCGUCAAUAUCAACUGGACCAACUGCCCGAUUAUUACGACACGCCGCUAUGACGGAACUUUGGGAAACAAGCUAACAAGACAUUAAGAAUUGGAAGCUCCUUAGGUUUGUAUUACACUAAUGAGGUGAGGAAGGAAGAAAGCUUUUGUUCCACUUUCUCUUCCAGAUCCUUCCCUUUAACUGAGAAGUGCAGCUGCUUCUUGAUUGUUAGCUCUAAUGAUCACCAACUUCCUCCCCCCCUUUUUUUUUCUAGUGAUGCUUCACUGGUUAGAAAUUAAUCUAGUUUAACUCUUUCCCUUCCUUAACAUAUCAGAUGUGUACAAAACAAGUGGAGAAAAAUUAAAAUACAAAAGGUUUAAUAUAUUACAAAGAAGCUGAUGAUGACGUUGGUGUAAUAUUUUUUAAAAUUGUUCUCCUUUUUUCUCCCCCCUUCCCCCCCUCUGUCUGUCUGUUUGGAAAACGGGGCAGUAUCGCCAGUGCUAAAUGAUUAAGUAAUAUUGUAAUACUGUUAUUUCUUUGAGAGAAACAAAAAAAAAGGCUUUUUUGGUCUUGAAAAUGGAUAGACAUUUGUAGAAUUAUGGAGACUAACUCCUAGGAGUUGCUUUUACUCUUUCAGGUGGCUGUAAGUCACUGAGACUCACUAAUUUUCUCUGAGAGAACAGCUGAUUGGGAAAUUCCUGUAAAUAACUCAGUGUUAUAUAGUGAUGCUUCACAUGUUUUUGUAGACCUGGCAAGGAGGGCACAACCUAAUAAACUGACAUUUUGCCCCCCUCCCCAACACACACACACACACCUGUUUCCAUGUACACCCGGGAGCUCUCGCAUGUACGUCAAAGCUACCAUCGAUGCCACCAAAUUGGGAGGGCAGGAAAAUCCUAUCAACGCAUAGUCCUCUCAGCGGGUGAAGGUGAUGAAAUGUGUGAGGCCCCGAUGACCUACUGGGUCUGUACCACCAUCUUGAUUUGGCGGGGCCCAAGUCACCGGGGGGGACGGGACACGACUAUGUUCUCAAGUGAAGUUGCCCACAAAUGAUGACAUUUUUGGGGAUUCCAAUCCAUACAAAAUUAGCAGGAGCAGCUGUAACAAGCUGGGCAGACUUCGGUGGGCCACAGGUCCUCCUUACGUUAAUUUUUUUUUUCCCCAGUCUUCACCAUUAACUUUUUUGGCACAUUUUUGUGUGUUCCUCCCGGCUGUCACAACCAGCAUGAUUGUAUAGAGUUCAUUUACUGUAGAUCAUUUACAUACCAAGAGUUAUAUUAAAGAAGAAUGCACAAAUGAACAUGUCAUAAUUUUUGUUAUAAUAAAUAUAAAAAUUUACAAAUA